AUGAGACCCAGGGCAGCCAUUGUCAUACAGCCACUUCACUCACUUGCUAUGCCCCUUCAUCCCAAGGACAACCAUUUUCACGGGCCCACUUUAAAACUGCCAAAUGCCCAUUUUGAGCAGCAAAGGAACAUGUCCGUUUAUCCCAUGGACAACCAUUUUCGCGAGCCCACUUCAGAGUUUCCAAAUGUCCAUUUCGAGCAGCAUAUUCACAUGUCCGUUUAUCCCAUGGACAACCAUUUUCACGAGCCCACUUCAGAAUUUCCAAAUGUCACCUUCAGCAGCACAGGCACAUGUCGCUUCAUUCCAUGGACAACCAUUUUCAUGAGCCCACUUUCAGAAUUCCAAAUGUCCACCUUCAGCAGCACAGCACUUGUCUCUUCAUUCCACGGACAACCAAUUUCACGAGCCCACUUCAAGAUUUCAAAUGUCCAUUUGCAGCAGCAAAUCGGCAUGUAG